AAGUUACGUCUAAAUCCCGACCGAAAAAAAAAGUUACUCCAUUCUGAAAGGAAAAUUACAGAUUUCCCAUGGUUCCACCUCUGAGCUUUUUGUGAACAAUCAAUGAAUCCAAGACCCAAACUCAGAUCACCACCACUGCCCUCUCCCCCCUCUCCCAAAUCCCUAACCCCAAAUCUCAACAACAAAAUGCCCCCCAGAAAAUUAACUCUCAAACCCACUACUCUUACACUUGCCACCACUUUGUUCUCAAUCUUAGCUUUAUAUGCUUUCUUGAACAACUUCAUCUUCCCUAACCCACCAAACAAUUCCACUACAAGAAACUCUUUAUUUGGUUUCAGAGAUAAAAAUACCCAGAAUUUUCCACCCGUGAAAGUAUAUAUGUAUGAUCUGCCUAGGAAGUUUACAUAUGGGGUUAUCGUGAGCUAUGCAUUAGCAAGGGGAGGUGAGAAACAGAGUGAUGAUUCGUUGCUUAAGUAUCCUGGGAAUCAGCAUUCUGCUGAGUGGUACUUGUUUUCUGACCUGAACCGGCCGAGUCGAGAACGGGUUGACUCGGCGUUCACUCGGGUUUUGGACCCUGAGGAAGCUGACCUUUUUUACGUCCCCUUCUUCUCGUCGUUGAGCCUUGUGGCCAAUCCGAUUCGACCCGGUACAGUUGUUGCACCCGGGGAUAGGCCUGUAUACAGUGAUGAGGAAAUGCAGGAGUCUUUAAUUGAAUGGUUGGAGCAGCAGGAGUAUUGGAAAAGGAACAAUGGCUGGGAUCAUGUGUUUAUAUGCCAGGAUCCUAAUGCUUUAUACAAGGUUGUAGAUAGGGUGAAGAACGGGGUGCUGUUAGUUUCUGAUUUUGGAAGAUUGGCUCGUAAUCAAGCAUCACUUGUUAAGGAUGUCAUCUUGCCCUACUCACAUCGGAUCAAUACAUAUACUGGGGAUAUUGGCGUUGAAAAUCGGAAUUCCUUGCUCUUCUUCAUGGGCAAUCGAUAUAGAAAGGAGGGAGGAAAGAUUCGUGAUUUGCUUUUUCAAUUACUUGAGAAAGAAGAAGAUGUCAUCAUAAAACAUGGUGCACAAUCUAGGGAGAGCCGUCGUGAGGCAAGAAAAGGGAUGCACACUUCAAAAUUUUGUUUGCAUCCAGCUGGUGAUACUCCAUCAGCUUGCCGACUUUUUGAUGCUAUUGUGAGCUUGUGCGUCCCUGUAAUCAUCAGUGAUUACAUUGAAUUGCCAUUUGAGGAUGUUAUAGACUACAAGAAAAUUGCAGUUUUUGUAGACUCUAACACAGCUGUGAAGCCGGGGUUCUUGGUUAAAAAGCUAAGGAAAGUACGCAUGGAGAGGAUUUUGGAAUUCCAACGGGAGCUGAAAAAGGUGAAGCAUUACUUUGAAUAUGAGGACCCAAAUGGAACAGUAAAAGAAAUUUGGCGACAGGUUUCUUUGAAGUUACCGCUUGUUAAGUUAAUGAUAAAUCGUGACAAGCGACUGGUGAAAAGGGAGCUCACUGAACCAGAUUGUUCUUGUCUGUGUUCAAACCAGUCAGGGAUCUUGACAACAUUAUGAUCCACACUGGCGACAUUUUCUCAAUCACCUUUCACUCUGAACAUAUUGGAUCAUCUGAGAAUGUCUGCUCAUACCUUGAAGAUCCGAUUCUCGGGGAGAAGAUGGUAGAUCAAGAGUCUUGUGCUGUUAACUUGUAUCUGCGGAUAUUGCUGCUAUCUGCAUCCAUUAAUUUAAUAUCCCUGCUAAAUGGUAGAAAAUCCAGUUCAUGAUUUUAUAAGGAUCGGUCUAGUAUAUUUUGAUAUUUACAUAGUUUUACUUAUUCAUUUCACACUACCUGGAUGCAUCAUAUGCAUGUCUCUCGAGAAUUGCUGUGGCUAGAAGCAAUUCUGUCUGUAUUUACAUUGUUGUACAUCAUUAUAUAUAAAAUCACAGCUAUAUGUAGGUUUUUGCUUCCGAA